AUGUCUCACUUCGCCCGUCUCUCCCGAACACUUCCAUUGUUACUCGAUGUCUUACCCAAGCGAGAGGUUCUCAAACUCCGACUAGUCUGCAGGGCAACCAACGAGUGUAUUCACAAAUAUCUCUAUGGAGGUUGGGAUAGCGUCACCGAGCCCCUGGAGAUCAAUUCUGUCGCGUGGCAGGUGCAUCAGCAGCUGUGCAGGGAUCGAACCUUCGGCCAUCUCGUCACGGAGGCGAUGAAUUUUAAGGGUCCCGAAUGGGCUCUCGGCUACCUCAAGCAGCCAUAUGCCUGGGCGAAGACCGACAAUACUUCUUUCCCCGUUGUGAUGGCCGCGUGGCUACGACUUGUGGAUACCGUGGAGCUCUGGUCCCUGGCUGGUAAUUCGCUUCGGGAUGUACGGCACGAAUUGCUGGGAGAUCUGGUAUAUGCGGCGGCGUACCACGACGAUUCCUCCCUGAUGCGGCUUCUGACCGAACGCCGGAUGGAUCUGAUGUCGACCGAGGGCUACUUUGGCGAUGCGUUCACGCUAGCCGCCUAUAGAGGGUCUUUCAAAGUGAUACCCAUUAUCUUAAAAACCUACGUAGGUUACUGGGUCACCUUGCUGCGGAGGAUAUCCCAUCAAUCCAGUUAG